AAUGAAAGUUAAGGUGGGCCUCCAGCAAGAUUUUGUCCUGUGACAAGGAAUGUCUCCAGGACUUUUUUUCUGCUUUGGAGGCCCAGGAUCAAGGCAAAUUACAAGCGGGAAACCAAUGUGAAGGAAAAACGAACCAAGUUAAGGUGCCAGAUCCCGGGAGAGAAGACCAGCCCUCUCAGAAGCUUGAAUCUGCUGCCGACAAACUCGGGGGGAAGGGGCUUGUUUUAAGGGAAAGGGGAUACCAGAUUUUUUUAAGAGAAGGGGACACAGCAAGCACAGGUAGGAGGUGAAACUGGUACUGCCCAAAACAGGCCAUCAGAGAGAGGAAAACGAUGGACGGCACAACAUGCUCUGGGUAUUUUUAAUUUUUAAAGCCUUUAAGUGACUUCUUCCAGGCCGAGCGGCAGCAGCUUGGUGAAGGGGCUUUUGCUGAGCCCAGAAUGAGGUUCCGCUCUUACUGACCAAACAGAGGGAACCCACGAUGUCCCCGUCUGUCACCCUUCCCCGUUUCCUUUUGCUGGGCAUGAAACGAUGCUCACCGAUCCCAGCUAAAACAGGAGACGAAGAGCCCAGCCUUCUGUGCAAACCGGGGCUGUAACUGCGCUCUUCUGCCCCCAAGACGGGACAGGACUCCUGGAGGCCGAGGUCUAAGAAGGCUCCCUGGACUGACUGGGCGCUGAGCAGUGCCAGGGGGAGCCAGGCCCUUGGCCGCCGCUCGGAGCCGGAGGGAUGGGUUUGCUCAAGGGCCUCCUGCGAGCCCGGAACCUGCUGCUCGUCGUCUUCGCGCCGCUCCUGCUGCUCCCUCUGCCCGUGCUGCACCCCAGCAGCGAGGCCGCCUGUGCUUACGUGCUGAUCGUGACUGCUGUGUACUGGGUGUCGGAGGCCGUGCCUCUCGGAGCUGCAGCCCUGGUGCCCGCCUUCCUCUACCCGUUCUUCGGAGUUCUCCGAUCUAGUGAGGUGGCCGCGGAGUACUUCAAGAACACCACGCUGCUGCUGGUGGGCGUCAUCUGCGUGGCAGCUGCUGUGGAGAAGUGGAACCUACAUAAGCGCAUUGCUCUACGCAUGGUCAUGAUUGCUGGAGCCAAGCCGGGCAUGCUGCUGCUCUGCUUCAUGUGCUGCACCACACUGCUGUCCAUGUGGCUCUCCAACACGUCCACCACCGCCAUGGUGAUGCCCAUCGUGGAGGCUGUGCUGCAGGCGCUGGUCAGUGCCGAGGAGGAGCAGCUCGUGGCUGGCAACUCCAGCACCGAAGAGGCCGAGCCCAUCAGUCUGGAGGUAAACAGCCAACCUUCUCUGGAACUCAUCUUUGUCAAUGAAGACUCGUCGACUGCAAACUUCACUUCUCUGAUGCAGAACAAGAACCUGAACGGUGUGCCCAGGAUUGCCAAUCCCACCAAAACAGCAAACCAGCUGGGCAAGCAGCCGCCACUGUCCCAGGAAAAGACCAACACAGUCUUGACCCCAGGCCCCAGGAACCAACUCAACAGAAGGUACAAGUCCCAGCAUGACCAAAUGAUCUGCAAGUGCCUCUCUCUGAGCAUAUCUUACUCGGCUACCAUUGGGGGCCUGACCACCAUCAUUGGCACCUCCACCAGCCUCAUUUUCCUGGAACACUUCAACAGCCAGUACCCAGAUGCAGAAGUGGUCAACUUUGGCACCUGGUUCCUCUUCAGCUUCCCCAUCUCCCUCAUCAUGCUGGUGGUCAGCUGGUUCUGGAUGCACUGGCUCUUCCUGGGCUGCAAUUUUAAAGAGACCUGUUCUCUAAGCAAGAAGAAGAAGACCAAAAGGGAAGAGCUGUCAGAGAAGAGGAUCCAAGAGGAAUAUGAAAAGCUCGGAGCCAUUAGCUACCCUGAAAUGGUGACUGGAUUUUUCUUCAUCCUGAUGACCUUGCUGUGGUUCACCCGGGAGCCUGGCUUUGUUCCAGGCUGGGAUUCUUUCUUUGAAAAAAAAGGCUACCGCACCGAUGCCACAGUCUCUGUCUUCCUGGGCUUCCUCCUCUUCCUGAUUCCAGCAAAGAAGCCUAGCUUUGGGAAAAAGACUGACGGGGAGAACCAGGCGUCCUCACUGGGGAUGGAGCCCAUCAUCACGUGGAAGGACUUCCAGAAGACCAUGCCCUGGGAGAUUGUCAUUCUGGUCGGUGGAGGCUAUGCUCUGGCUUCUGGCAGCAAGAGCUCUGGCCUCUCCACGUGGAUUGGGCACCAGAUGCUGUCUCUGAGCAACCUCCCACCGUGGGCCGUCACCCUGUUGGCAUGCAUCCUGGUGUCCAUUGUCACAGAGUUCGUGAGCAACCCAGCCACCAUCACCAUCUUCCUGCCCAUCCUGUGCAGCCUGGCUGAAACGCUGCACAUUAAUCCCCUCUACACCCUGAUCCCCGUCACCAUGUGCAUCUCGUUUGCAGUGAUGCUGCCUGUGGGCAACCCCCCCAACGCCAUUGUCUUCAGCUACGGGCACUGCCAGAUCAAAGACAUGGUGAAAGCUGGCCUGGGGGUCAAUGUCAUUGGCUUGGUGAUAGUGAUGGUGGCCAUCAAUACAUGGGGAGUUAGCCUCUUCCACCUGGACACUUUUCCGGCCUGGGCUCAGGUCAGUAACAUCACUGAUCAAUUCUAACACAAGAGGGCAUGUGGCCCAACCAAAAGAGCAGCCAUGCCAGUGUCCAGCAGAAUCUGGCCAGGCAGCCAAGGAAAGUGCCAGCAGUGCCGCGGGAGUCUGCAUCCACCGCCCAGGGCGGCGCCCAAAGCCUCCAUGACUGCAAACGCACACUGGGAUGUUACUGUCUUCCCUGGCCUCCUUCCGAGGUGCAGGGCUCAAGAAACUUAAAAUCCUUCUCACUUCCUGCUGGCCAGUCUCUCCAGUUCUUUCCGAAGACAGGAAAAGAAGACAGCCUGUCUUAGUUGCUCCUCGGUGGCUAGGCCCCCCCUGCUGGCCAGCCUCACUAAGUUGGAUGCUGCUCUUCUUUUCUGAAUCCCGACUUAGGAGUUACAGGAGAAACCCAGAUCAUCCCACCUGUGCACAGAGAGUGAAACCAGUGCCAUCUCCUCUUCUGGGAGAACAGCUCACCCAAACUUGAGACCUGGUGACAGCUCCUUUCUCUGAAGUGUUUCUAUCCUAAGUUCUCUCCACAAAAAGGCAAUUCUUAGUCAAUGCUCUCUGUGGCAAUCAGGGCUCAUAUAUCACUACUGAUUCCCCGGCAGGCAUUCUCUUCAGUGGUUUCCUUUUACCUUGGCACCAAAUCCUGUAAAGACAUAGUAUUCCCCUUUAGAAAGAGGUGGGUGCUCUUCUCUUUGUCAAAGGAAAAGUAGAGAAAGAAGACACACUGACUCAGUACAGGUAUCCCCCACUUUCUGCUUCGCACUAUGACACUUCACUUUCACAAAAGACCUGCAUCAUCAGUGCCUGUUUUUGCUACCUGAAAGAAAUCCAAAGAGGAUUUUCGCUUUUACAAAACAGGUGAAAAGCAAAAAGAGUGUUCUGUGUUUGUUUGGCAGAGAGACUUAUGCAGGCCCCAGGCACCUGCACAGCAAGAGCGGCCCUGCCAGGCUCCUCUCCCAAAACCACACUCAGCAGCUUGGUAUCAAGCUACCAGAGCUUUACACCAUAUGUGUCUGUGCUUUAUCUAGAUUUAUCUUGUGCAUCUAUUAGCAAUACAUGUCCAGAGAUAUCAUAAAAGCAUGGGUGAGAUUAUUUUUUGGGUCUGGGGAUGGGAGAAAAUUUUUCCAUCUAAAUUAAUGGUAACUGGUUCUUCACUUGAUGCCAUUUUGACUUUGGAAAGGUCUCACAGGAAUGUUCCACUUUCAGACAGCAGAAGGAAGCCUCUCUUUCUCUUUGUUCAUCACAAAGCAUCAAUACUGCUGCACUGGUUAAGUUUGUGAGGGAGAAAAAAACCUUUCAUACCUGUCUUACUAAGGAAGCUAAACUAUAAUUAAGAUCACAGCACUACUUAUGAUAUUUGACUGACUUUCUUCUGGACAUAAUGGGUAGUUUGCUCCUAAGAAGACAAGUACAGAAAAGUCCAAACACAUCAGCCACUUUCUGUAAGUCUGUGAGGCCCUGGAAGGGAGGAGAGAGAUCUUACGUCUCUUUAAAUCCCAAGCAACUUACACAAUAUAGUAAACUGUGUAUGUUUCUCUUGUGAAAAAUCACUUUGGAAACCAAAGCCUCUCUCUUCCUCCUGAAAUCCCAGGCCACAUUCUCCAUGAUAGAUGACCUUGCUCUACAACUGGGUAUAGCUCCCAAUGCCCCCAGUAUGUAGGCAUUACAGAUUUCUGAUUUCUACCACUAGUUACCUGCUAACUCCACCUUAUGGGAAAGUAGUAUCCAAUUGUUAGUACAUUGUUUUUGUUGAUUUUAAGUCACUAUUGAUAGCAUAUGCAGUUCUCCCACAAUAACUUACCAAUAAAGUCACUCCUAUAGUUUACGGAGUACCUGUGAACUGUUGUU